CACCCAGCUGUCAGCCGUCAUUUGUUUUUUGACGUGUACACACGUACGAGCGGUGUUUGUUGUGGUUUUAUAAAAGAAAAAAAUCGUAAUUAUUCAAUUAUCCUAUCGCAAACUAUUCACUUUAUCAACAGUAAAAGUGUUAAUCAACGGUUACAAUAAAGUUUCUGUCGUUAAAACGAUGUGUGAGAAGUGAUUGGCCCCGUGAAUGUGUUACAAGAAUUUAGAACUCGAAUAUUGUACGUUCUGAGUAUCAAUUGUGAUGUUUCUUAUUUACAUUUGCGUCCACCGCAUAGCGGGAACAUAUAUUACGGGACUAUGGACGAGCUAAGUUGUCCAUGACAGCAUAUUUCUCACAUAGACGUUAACAAAAUAGUGUUCGAAAAUGCGUUUAAAUAUCAAAAAAUUAACUAUAUUCGUGGGUUGUCUGGUGUUUUUAUGGAUUCUAAUAUCGUACGCUUCUGUAAUAGAAGUGCCGAAGACUUCUAGCUAUAAAAAUGCCGCCGUAGAAAUAGAAAAUAGGAUAAUAAGACUGCAGCAAAAGAUGGAUGAGCAGAUAGCUGAGAGCAAUCGCUUGUUAGAGAAAGUUAAGAAGUUGAGGAAGACAGAUAAUGACAUUAAUGAGGGAGAAGAAGAGGAGAAUGCGAAAGAUAUGGAAGUUUUACAGCAUGUAGCGCAACCAAUCCUGCCAGUGUUAGUGAUAGCGUGUGACCGAGUAACAGUCAAGAGGUGUUUAGACAACCUGGUCAAGUUUAGGCCCAGUAAGGAGACCUUCCCCAUUAUAGUUAGUCAGGAUUGCGGCCACAACGCAACAUACGAAGUGAUAAAGUCCUACACGACUCUAGAUUCCUCUAUCUCCGUGGUGAGACAACCAGACCUUUCAGAGAUCGUUCUGCCGAGGGUCAAAGUCAAGUUCAGAGGAUAUUAUAAGAUAGCCAGGCACUAUAAGUUCGCUCUCAACCAUGUUUUUGAGACCCUGGGACAUGAGGCUGUCAUUAUUGUUGAAGAUGACCUGGACAUAUCCCCGGAUUUCUUCGAGUACUUCCUCGGCACAUAUCCUUUACUCCUCAAAGACCAUACGCUUUGGUGCAUAUCAGCAUGGAAUGACAACGGCAAAAUGGAAGUUAUAGACAUGUCUCGACCCGACUUGUUGCAUCGCACCGACUUCUUCCCCGGGCUCGGCUGGGUACUGCGGAGGGAGAUGUGGCUUACACUCGCACCUAAAUGGCCCGCUGCUUUCUUUGACGACUGGCUGCGUAACCCAGUGAAUAUUGACGGCAAGGCGUGCAUACGACCUGAGAUAUCAAGGACAUACUCUUUUGGAAAGAUAGGCGUAAGCAAAGGGCUAUUCUUCGACAUACAUCUACGCAAUAUACAAUUGAACAUGGAGUAUGUAGAGUUCACAAAGUUAAACCUCACAUAUUUACUCAAGGAAAACUACGACGACGCUCUAGUCAACAAAGUAUACAAUCUACCCGAGAUGACGGCAGAGGAGGUGGCGAGCGGCGUCUCCGGCAACAAUGCCGUGCGGGUCAUGUACAGCAACGCCAAGACUUACCAGCGGGCCGCCAAGAAACUGGGCCUUAUGGACGACUUUAGAAGCGGCGUCCCCCGCACGGCGUACCGCGGCAUAGUCACAUGCUUUGUUCGCGGACGCCGCGUGUUCCUCGCUCCCGACUACGACUGGACCAAGUACUACCCCACCUGGGGCUAGCCAACACAUAAGUAAUAGACCUUAUUAUUACUAUAUACUCCAUUUAAGUAGGCACUUAAGUAAAGGUAAACAUUCUUGAUAUGGCUGAUAAAAAGGUGAAGGAAAACAUCUUGAGGAAACGUGGAGUAUAAAGUCUGAAAUCACCAACCCGCAUUGAGCAAGCGUGGUGAUUCACGCUCAAUCCUUCUCCGUGUGAGAGGAGGCCGCAGCCCAGCAGUGGGACGAUGAAAAGGCUGUAACAGUUGUAAAUAUUCUUGAUAGGACUUUUUACACAAAUACAUACAUUUUACAUUUAUUCUACCUUUUGUAUAAAUAAAAAUAAAUGCCACUUUUUGUUGUAAUGUUAUAACUCAAGAAGGGGUCACCUAUCCAAAGCAAAUAUUCAGGCUUUGUUCGGACUAUGUAGUAGAUUUGUAUAUGUAAAGUUUCGGUUCUUCAUUUAUCGCAUUUUUUAAAAAAAUAGUGGACUUUAGCUAUACGCAGCGAAGCACGUACCGGGCCGCUAGUUAUUUAUAAAUUAAACUUCUGCUUAAAAUUUAUUCAAUUGAUUUAGUUACAUUGUUAGUAGCAAAUUAAAAUUAAGUUAUAUCAAGAUAAUUUAUCUUUAGUUUAGUGCCUACUCGAAUGUAGAAUGAUUUGUGACUACUCGUAAUUUCUCACUUGGGGUUUUUUGAACCCCAACUUGGGGUGCCAAUCACCCUAUACUGUAAUAGUAGAUUUUUAUAUGAAUGUCCCAAUGUUUUAGUGAGUGUAGCUUACUGAGUCUGCAAUUUUCCUGUAUGACUACUUGGGGUAUUAUAUGCCCCCACCACUCUGAAGUAUAAUAAUACAUGUGUAUUUAUUAAAUGGCAUAACAAUCACUAAAAUAGUUAAAACGAAAGCCCUUACGCCUUAUACAUACUACUCAUUACAGUAAAUAAUGGUUUUCUGAACAAUUACUUUACAAAACUCAAAAUUCAAAAUCAAUUUUUUUUAUUUCAAAUAGGCCUAUUAAAGCUCUUUCGAAACGUCAAAGUUAGGUGCAAGUUAGGUACAGAAUAUGAAACAAAUUCAUGGAGCCACUUAUACCCUCUCGAUACAAAAUUAUACAAGACCCAUGAAAACCCUGAACACCUAUUCUACUUUAAAAAAUAUCGUCAUACCCAAUCUUAAAGGUAAAAAAAAAUCGAGGCGUCGAAUAAUUAAAAACAUGGUUAUAAUGGCUGUCUUGUCACUCUAGCGCUAGAAAUAAAAUUAUUGUAAAUACAAUCGAGUUUGUUCUCGUGUCUUUUCGAAUGUUUACACUGUAUUAGAUGUAAUUUGUGGGCAUACUGUACUAAGUUUAGUUCGGUAUGUAAAGCUUAUUUUUGGUGUACGAAUCUUUAUAAAGGACUAGCUGAUCCCGCGAACUUCGUAUCGUUUAAACCUUCCCUGGACUUCUACAAACAUUUUAAAACCAAAAUCAGCUCAAUCGGUCCAGCCGUUCUCGAGUUUUAAUCAGACUAACGAACAACAAUUCAUUUUUAUUUAUAUAGAUUAUGAUAACCGACUUAGAAAAAGCAAGUUCUUGAUUGACUGUAUCUAUGUCUUUUUUGGCAAUUUAUUUAUGAAAAUUGAAAAUUUUCGGACAUAUUUUUUAAUGUGAGCUAUUUUGCCAUAUUUCGGAUUUCAAACUACUCGUGAUAAUAAGACAAGAUAUUACACAAAAUAUGAAUUUUUAAUAACGCUUUUUUAUGGUCAUUCAGAAUAUUUAGAUUCGUACGCAGAAAUUAAGCUUUUUGCUCAUAUUCAAGUAGUAAUACACUGAAGCAACAUUUUUUUUUCUGUGAAACCCAUGAAAUUUCUCCUUUCAGUGGAUACUACAGGUUUAAAUUCUUAAUUUAAGAGCCAAAAUUGUGGCUUCAGUGUGUACUACAAAUUAAUAUAAUAAUGCCAAUACUAAUAUAAGUCACGUCGACUAAAUUAAGAUAUUUAGUAAUAAUAAUUUUAGUAACUUAACUAUAGAGUUACUAAAUCAAGUGAUUAUAGAUAAUUUUGUAAAUAUAUCAUUUUAAUUUUAUGUGUAGGUUGUUUUUGGUAAUGCAUUAUAUUUUAAUAUUAUUUCACAGAACAUAAUAUAAUUAAAUUAUUACUUUUUUAAGAAAGGGUAAACCGUGGAUGGACGGCAAAAAUUAUACGUAUCUAUUUUGAAGACCAACAAAAUAUGGACAAUUGAUGCAAACGCUGUAUUCAAGAAAAUUAUAUGAAUUUAUUCUUAUCAUGUAAUGCGUUACCAAAAAGCCUAACAUUAACUGACAAAUAACGUCACAAACAUAGGUUUUAAUUUCCUUUUCAAUUGAACGAAAGAUCUUCCAUUAAUUUUAAUAUUUAAUGUCGCUUUAUGUUUUCAAAUUGUAUAUUGAAGAAAUGUAAUCAUUUAACUUAUCAACUUUACAAAAACUACCAUAACAUGGCAGAUUUUUUACAACAGGCAAUAAAAUAAACACUUCUUCGGUAUACGAUUUGUACGUACAGAUGACAGAAUGUCAACCUACCUCUAUCUGUCAAAUGUCUUCAAUAGAUUUUCAACCUUAUCACAAUAGUAGAAGGUUAAUAUUCGAUUGCUAUAGUUAUCGGCACUCAGAGCUCAAGAUUCGUGCCGGUAACUAUAUUAUUUGACAGAUUCGGAUAGGUUGACCUACUGGCGUCUGUACCCUUAGGUCACAAUUUAAUUUUAUUUCUAGACUAAGCUUGAGAUUUAUUCUCGAAUAUAACUGAACUUAUAUUUUGUUUUUGUCGUGCAAUAAACAUUUUCUGUAAUAAUGAUCUUGUAGUAACAAUAAUAUCGAAUAAUAUUGAUCUUAAUUUUUGAAGCUGGUCAGUUUAGCAAAUUUUUUUAGGUCACUUUUGUUGGCCUUUAAAAUAGAUUUUUUUAUGUAUUUCGAAAUGAUCAGAUUUUAAAAACUGACAUGAUAAGAAAGAUUUUAACUAAGGCCCGUCUAGAUGAGCUACGCUGGCCCGUCUAGGCGCGCCCUUAUAUUCCCAAAUUGUAUGACUAUGAAAAAAAUUACAAUAAUUUCAUUCCAUAAACAAUUCAAAUUUUUAAUUAGACUUAUUUAUUUUAUUUUGACGAUCACCAUUGAGGUAGCUAGCUAGUUCGCAUCAACAGACAUCCGACAUUUCAAUAUAUUGAAUACCAUAUAAGACUGUGAUCUGCAUUGUAUUAUAUUAUUGUGCAUGUAUAUAGCCCAAGUUAUGUAUUUAUAACUUAAUAUAUUAAAUGGUUUUGUUUAA